ACCCGAUUACCUCACCGUAAGGAUACACAUCCAUUCACCGGUAUUGUCGCAUCGACGUCAGUAGCCAUGGACGGAUCCGACAAGCAGUGGGUAAGUCAAUGGCCUGGCCAAUUUCCAAUUCACUUCUAUAUACCCUGGCGCACCGCGCACUAUUACAAGUGCAUGUUGCUGCUGUUGUUAAUAUUAUCUUUUUUGCUCAUUUCCCGACUGCGCGCUACUGCCAACAUCGUCAUCGCCCACGGUUCUUUUUCUGUUCUCGCUUUUCUCCACAUUUCCGAUCCCGUCACCAUCGCAUCUGCGGCCUUAUCAUUGCCCUUCUAGCCCGUGUCCCAACGUUCCAAAUUCCGUCACUCCCGGUCACCCAAGCAAGUCUCGGCCCAACCAGUCACCUUGUUCAAGUGUCGUCAGCCUUGGUCGAAGCCGAUCGUCCCGUCUCGCCCAUCCUUUCUAUCCUGUCAGGGCACCCGACGGCCCCAGCUGCUUGCGCCCGAACUUGUUCUUCAAAGCCACCCUCUCCGUCCAAGCUACCCCUGCCAACUUAGAUGUGCUGGUCGCUAAGGUACGGACGGGUCCCCUGCAAUGCACGGCUCAAGCCACCCCGACCACGCUGCUCUAGAGUCCCUUCUUGCGUCACUGCCCAUCCAAUCUGCCGGAUUUCCAAGAACAGCUCCGAACUCUGCCUCACAUCAUUCGUACUGCAGCUAAGCCCUUGACGACGUAAAUAAUACGGGUCCCCU